AUGGAUGCAGUUGUGCAAAUCGAAACGAAAUGUGCAUUAGAACGAUCAGAUAUUUGCCGUGCGUGCGGUGGGGCGAAUGCCGUUAAGCCUCUUUCGGUGUAUGGAAAUAUUUUUGAAUGGUGUACUUCAGUUAAAGUAAAUCUCUCUGGUGAUCUUCCCUCAAACAUAUGCAGCAGGUGUUUUCAAAAGUUGAAAAUAUCCUACAAUUUUAAAAUUUUAUGCAAUCGCACUGACAAACAGCUCAGAAAGAGUUCGAACCAGCUGCCUAGAAAAGAGAACUUUUCACUGGAUGUUAGCGUUCCAACUGCAGAAAGUGAAUUAUCAGAACAAGCGUCUGAUGAUGACAAUUUGGCAGAGGUGAUUAAAGUAAUAGUGUUGAAAGAUAAUAAAGUUUUAAACAGCGUUCCGAUCAUAAGUAUUCCAACCGCUGAUAAGUCAUUUGAUAGUCAAUCUAUAUUGAUUCGUAAACGAGACAUUCCGGAAACGAGAAGCAAUCAAGUUGUACGUUUUAGUUGUUCGGAAUGUAAAAAGGAAUUUUCAACGAAAACUAAUUUAUAUCGACACCAAAUAUCCCACGGAGGCGUAAAACCUUUUAAAUGUAAUAUUUGCAACAAAGGGUUCACUCAAAGUGGAUCUCUUAAAACGCAUAUGUUUACACAUUUCAAUAUUAAACCCUUUGUAUGUAAUGUGUGUGGACAGCGGUUCACUCAGAACAAAUCUGUAAAACUUCAUCUUCGUCGUCAUACCGGCGAAAGGCCAUUUAUUUGUGGCAUAUGUAACGCUACAUUUCGUCAAAAGGGCGGUCUGGAUCGGCAUAUGAAAAUUCAUGAAAUAUCGUAA